ACUGCAAGGCCUUUGGAUGGCUGAGGUGGCAGCAGGUGGCUGGCACUCUGUGUGUGUGAGUGACACUGGGGAUAUUUAUAUCUGGGGCUGGAAUGAGUCGGGGCAGCUGGCCCUGCCCACAAGGAGUGGGACAGAGAAGACAGUGAGAGAUGAAGCUGCAGAGUUGAAUGAAGAUGGUCCCAAAGAGGAGGAAGCAGCUACAGCUGAUGUUGGAGCUCCUGCCCACUUCAUAUCCAUCCAGCCUUUCCCAGCUCUACUGGAUCUUCCCCUGGGCUCAGAUGUAGUCAAGGCCAGCUGCGGAUCCCGACACACAGCUGUGGUGACUCGAACAGGAGAACUCUAUACCUGGGGCUGGGGUAAAUAUGGACAGCUUGGUCACAAGGACAUCACCAGCUUGGACCGACCCUGCCGUGUGGAAUACUUUGCAGAAAGACAACUUGAAGUAAGGGCUGUCACGUGUGGACCCUGGAAUACCUAUGUCUAUGCAAUGGAAAGAGAGAAAAGCUGAAGUCUGUAUCUCGGUGAAUCCCCAGACUGCUUAUGUGCCUGGGUGAGAAUGAACUCACUUCAACAUGUUGUCCUAGGUGUAUGGAAACAUAAAUUACAAGUUUUGAAACAAGGUUCACAGUGAUCUCUCCUGCCAGGAUUAAAGGUGCAUGACUUAGGACAAAUCUUAUAAAGCAUGUAUGAAAGAAUUGAAUAUGUAUAUAAAUGUUUAAUUCUGGAGUAGUGCCAAAGAUCAAAACUCCCAACACCUUCCAUGUGCAUCAACAGCUUAGCUGUAUGUAGUCACAAAAUGAGAAAUAUUCCCAAAUGAAAAUAAAGAGUAAAUCCAAACUAUUCUAA